AUGAACAACCUCUACUCGGCCAUGUCCAUGAUCUCCGCACUGCAGGUAGAAUGCAUUUACCGCCUCAGGCACACAUGGGCCGGCUUGGGUCACCGAGAACGUUCUGCCUAUCGUCGGUUAGAGGAGCUGUUUGGUCAGCAAGACAACUGUCGUCUUCUGCGGGAACACACCGCAGCCAUGCGUCUGCCGGGCAUUCCCUAUUUGGGACUCUACCUUUCGGACCUGGCCUACACCAACGUAGCUCAUCCCCGCAUCAACGGCCAACCAACAACCGUCUGGGUUACCAAACUGAAUGCCAUCGUCGAUGCAAUUGCGCACUUUCAACAGUCUCGUUUUCGUGAGUGUCUCACAGCCGCCCCUCCCUCCCCCUGCGUUCUCUUUUGCUCUGCCUCUUUCUGUUGCCUGCCUGCCCGGUUUCCUUUUUUACAGUAG